AGCAUAAAAUCUACUCAUUUCUUUCAAUUUCUUCUCCAAGAAAACCAAAUCAAAUCCCAGUUGCGAAAAACCCUCAAAAACUUCAAAAAUCUUGCUCAAACUUUGUUCAGAAAAAAAAUAAAAAAAUGGGUUUGUCCAUUGACACCUCCUCCAAUGAAUCGCAUCCUCGCACUCACAAGGUGUUCAUAUUAACCAACUAUCUUCUCCUAGGUGCAGCUUCCAGUUGCAUUUUCUUGACCCUCUCUCUCCGCCUCAUCCCAUCGCUUUGUGGGUUUUUCUUGAUCCUCCUCCACAUUAUCACCAUUGGUGGCGCCAUUUCCGGCUGCGCUGCAGCCAAUGCUGCCAGGGGUGCCACCAAGUGGUAUGGAGCUCACAUGGUGGCCACCGUCCUUACUGCGAUAUUUCAGGGGUCUGUGUCGGUGCUGAUCUUCACGAGGCCCUCGGAUUUUCUUGGAAAUCUUAAGUCCUAUGUGAGGGAAGAGGAUGGUGUGGUGAUCUUAAAAUUGGCAGGUGGAUUGUGCAUUCUGAUUUUCUUCCUAGAAUGGGUGGUUUUGACUCUUGCAUUCUUCUUGAAAUACUAUGCUUACGUUGAGAGAGAGAAUCCUCAGGCUAUGAGGAGUGCAAAGGUUCAAAAUGAGGAGGAUUUAAAAUAUUUGCCAUAUCCUUAUCAAGUCUGAUUUUAAUCAAGGUUCACCGAAAUUUGUUUGAUUUUGGGCGAUGAUUAAUUAUCGGUUUAAUAGCCAUAUUCUCUUGAUUUGUUACUUUGUUCUUUAUUUUGAUGGGAUUUGUUGUGUACUACUGCACUGUUCAAAUGAACUAUUCAAUUGAUUUCUUGUUUUGGCAUUUUA